AUGCCUUUCAAGAAAUUUAGGCCGAAGUUCUCCGUUUACCAAGUUUGCGUAACUAUACUCGAGGCGAAACACUUGCCGCAAAACGCAAACCCACUGGUCGUCGUCAAAGUCGGGAAUCGCAAGAGAAGGACAAUGGUGCGCGAAAGGACCGAUAAUCCUAUCUACAACGAGUACUUCGUAUUCGAUUUCACAUGCAGUCUGGACGCUUUGCUAGGCACGAAAAUCACGAUAGCAGUGUACCUGCGGAACUUUCUUCGACAACGAAAGUUCCACGGAAGCAUUUUCUUUGAAGUCGCAACGGUAUGGGAACAACCAGACCGACAAUAUUAUCACAAGUGGGCUGUACUGACAGACCCAAAAGAUCCAACAAUGGGUCCAAAAGGUUAUGUGAAGUGCAAUAUUACGGUGAACGUGAGGGGUGAGAAAGUUAAAGUGCAUCCCGAAACAGAAGGUGAAGAUGACAUCGAAGGGAACCUGUUAUUACCUCUCGGAGGUGAGAGCUUGCCUUUCAGGCAACGCGCACGAUACAUUUUUGUCGUUUACCGCGCUGACGGAUUACCGGACAUGAGCAGCUUAUGCAGUAAAAGCGAUUUCGAAAACAUUAAUCCCUACGUGCAAAUAUCGUUUGCCGGGAUGAAAAAAAAUUUCUGGUCAACCGAGGAAUAUUUCUUGGUCGGCGUUUUGUAUGACGUAUGUUUGAUCGACCGUUCCCGAUUCGGGUCAAAAUCGAUCAGCUUCGAAUUGAGCUUGGGAAACGCGGGCAAUCGGCAAUUCCCGCGUAGUCAGUGCGCCGAGAACAAUAACGACGACCAAUCAGAAAACGAAUUGUGGAAAAAGCGGCCGAACUUCGUAAAUCAAUCAAUUCCGCGAGCUACAGGCACUCUGGACGGCGAAUAUAAUUACCUGCCAUUAGGGUCCAGGAAGCCUUGUUUGUACGUGAAAUCAUGGUGGCCAAAUUUGGAAUAUCGAAUGUACAACAGUAAUAAUCUUCAGCUUAUCGUCGAUUUUCUGGAGACGAGACUGGAAAAACUAGAAGCUCUUAUAGCCGCAGGGGAUCUUGAAGCCUUCGCGAUCUACAACGAAACGAUUCACGCGCUGAAAGCUCACUGCGUGCGCUACUUGCAAAUACUUAAUAGCGACAAGUACGAAGAACGUACAACCACUAAACUUGAUCGACAUCGAUCGAAUCUCUGUCGCAGAAACAUCGAGGACAUCCUCAAGAGGAUCAAGAUCAACGGUGAACUCCCUAAUAACAAUUACAUGAGAAUCGCAAUGGUCCAUGCGUAUCAAUAUUUAAGGAAAGUGAUGGACCUGUGUGAAGAGCCUCAGCACAGUCUCCCAGACGUCUUCGUCUGGAUGAUCGCUGGCUCGAAGCGAGUCGCUUACUCGCGAUUACCCGUGCAGCGGAUCAUCUACUCCGAAGAAACCGUCGAGAUGGACGAUAAGCGUGGCCGGCUAAUCAACCUCUUCCCCAGGAAUCCAGACGACGAAACCGAAGCUAUCGAAUAUAGCGCCUGCAAAAUCGAAACCUUCCUCUGGCUCGGCAACGCGAAAUACGUCACCGCCUGCUGGAGCGCGAUUCCACCGGGAUACGAGGUCGAUCACGGCGCAAAUGUCGAUACCUUCCCGAAGUACCUCGAGUACAAUCAGUCCUCGAUAUUCCAAUUGCGAGCGCACAUAUUCCAAGGCCGCUUCAACCCCGAAGCGGACACUUUCGGCCUGCUGAAUUCGUUUAUUCGCGUUGUAUUUCGUGGAUACACAGCUACCACACAAAUAAUAAAACAAAGUCUCCAUCCAUUUUGGGACCAGACCUUGAUUUUUCCUCCGGUUACCAUACACGGCACUAAGGAGUACAUUAAAUCACUACCACCCAAAGUUGUCUUAAAGGUUUACGAUCAGGAUUUAUGGGGCGUGAAAGAAUUUUGCGGCAGGUGCAUCGCGAUGCCAUUAGUGAAGCUCGCAACGGAAACUUACUCGCCGCCUGAUUUCCCACCGAAAUUGCAAUGGUACAAAUUUCAGUCGCAAAGAUAUUGCACCGGUUCCGUACUCGCCGCUUUCGAGCUGAUAGAAACGGAAAGCGAAGAGAAUGCGGAUAUUCCGAUGAACAUGUCAACGGUGGAUAAGAUUUACAGCAUCCCGCCGGACAUCAGGCCGAAAAUGGCGAACCACAGGCUGGAGGUGGUCUUUUGGGGUGUACGCGACAUGAGGAAGAUAAACUAUACGCCGGUACUGAGGCCGAGAAUUAUAGUGGAGUGUGCCGGAGUGCACAUCAAGUCGACAGUAAUUGAAGACGCCGCGAAAUUCAGCAACUUUCAAGAGCCAUACAUUAUGAUUGAGCUGGAAAUGCCCGAGCUCGACAUUUACUAUCCGAGCAUCACCAUAAAGGCUUACGAAUCCCGCGGAUUCGGCUGCUUCAAGUAUGCAGGGAUCUGCACUAUCCCCAGUAUUCGCGUGUUCCUGCAGCAAUUAAUAACAGAGGCGGAGUAUAACGAGCAGAUAUACGAGUCGAAAUUUCUACCGAAAUUUCAGCCGGCGAAGCGACAGGCGACGACAAUGUUGCCUUUACCGGUAGAUUAUAGCCCUUCGAAAGAGGAGAGAAAAGGUCUAAUUGCAUAUAAAAGAAUGGCUGGAACUGACAUUUAUUCCAAGCUGAAGAGACUACGUGUAAUUAUAAAGCGGAUAUUAAGGUUCGAUUUUCUUACCAAGAAAAAAAAAGUGGAAAUACAGGAGGAUGAUGACGACGAGACUCUCGAUUGGUGGAAUAAAUAUUUUGCUUCCCUUCAGGGGCACAUUUCUGUAUACCGAUGGCCGCACCCUGACAACCUCCCAUGCAAAACGAGAAGCGGGAGAGACGCGGCUAAUGGCCUGUGCAACGAUUAUCCACCUCAAGAGUCCGUUAAGCUUCUCGUUAGACUCUACGUUGUAAAGGGCAUCAACUUACAACCUAAGGAUCCCUUCACCGGUAAAUCUGACCCGUACCUCUUCGUGAAGUUGGGAAAAAAUUCUAUAAGCGACAGGAAGAAUUAUAUAGCCAAUCAAUUGAACCCCACGUUCGGCCGACUAAUUCAAAGUAAAUUUUCCCUUCAAAACUAUCGAGUUAAGGAUCACAAAAAUGUUGUAACUGAAGAGAAGAUAAACAAUCGUGAGUAUCCCCAAACAAUCUCUCUACUGUCUGGUAGUAUGUUCGAGAUCGAGGCGAGUUUCCCGCGAGAUUACAUGUUGCUGAUUCAAGUGUGGGACUACGACGCGACAACGGCCGACGAUUUGGUGGGCGAGACGCGAAUUGACAUCGAGAAUCGAUUUUACAGUCGACACCGAGCGCACUGUGGAAUCGCGAACGUUUACAGCACCACGGGUUAUAACUCCUGGCGAGAUCGCGAAAGACCGACACAGAUCCUGGAGUUCCUCUGUAGAACAAACAAUCUGCCGUUGCCGGAAUACUACGAACAUGAAGUUAAGAUUGGCAAACAAACUUUCCCCUUCCAGGCCGUGAUCGAACGCGAAAAAGACGUCGACAGAAAAGAAUACAUGGCUCUGAACGUGCUUCAUCGCUGGCAAGAUUUCCCCAUCUGUGGAUGCGCUCUGGUGCCGGAGCACGUUGAGAGGCGACCGCUUUUCAACGCUAAGAGGCCUGGCCUCGAGCAGGGCAAGCUGGAGAUGUGGAUCGACAUGUUCCGUAUCGGACAAUUGCCGCCGAAACCGGCAGUCGAUAUCGCUCUUCAGGCACCGGAGGAAUAUGAGAUUCGCGUGAUUAUCUGGAACACCGAGGACGUGCCGUUGGUCGAGAGUCAAUUUCUUACUGGUGAAAAGUGUUCCGACAUUUACGUCAAAGGGUGGAUCCUAUAUGAGGACUAUCAGAAGACCGACAUCCACUAUAACUCGCUGAACGGCGAGGGUAACUUCAAUUGGAGAUUCGUGUUUCGCGUCACGUACUCGAAGGGCGAGAACGUCAUGAUAGUCCGCAGAAAAAUGUCGGUGUUUGCCAAAAAUGAGACGGAGGAGAAGCUACCUUGCAAACUUUAUCUACAAGUCUGGGAUAGCGAUCACUUUUCCUCGGACGAUUUUCUAGGAGAAUUGACACUGAAUUUGUCAAGAAUGCCGCGGGGAAGUUCGGUUCCUAAAAAAUGUACACUGAAAUUACUCGAACCGCAAUUACCCACAGUGAAUCUGUUCAAAGUUACACGGACUAGAGCUUGGUGGCCCUUCAAGCACAGUGUGAAUGCUGGAAGAUAUAUUCAAACGGGUAAAAUCGAGCUGGAAAUAUCUAUUUUACAAGCAGAAGAUGCAGAUGACCAACCGGCAGGCAUGGGAAGAGAUCCACCUCAAAGUCUUCCACCUCCAAGGCGACCUGAUACUUCCUUUUCUUGGUUUCACAACCCGUGGAGAGCAUUCUGCUUCGUUGUUUGUCGCUAUUAUAAAUGGAGAAUAGUAUGCUGCUGCCUAUGCGUCUUACUUGUAAUGCUAGUAGCGUGCGGGAUAUAUGCUUUUCCCGGAUACUUUGUUAAACGACUCCUAGGUGCUUAA